UUCAGCGCGAACGUGUGAACCAGACAAAAGCUCUUCCUCGACGCUCUACUAUUCAGCCGCAGCAGCCAAAACCAGUACGGUUAGUCUACCCUAUUUUCAACCUUAACACCGUCAUUAUCACAUCAGGUUCGAACUCCUGCCAACAACAGUGGGUACGUGAAGUUUUGCUUCCCAAAAUUGGAAGGUGGUAAACAGUGGUGUGCAGUGUUCAUGUGAGUCCUGAUUUAUGAAUAUCGGUGUUUGUGUGUGUGAUCGGGGAGAGACCUUUCUAGGCUUACUCCAGCAGAACCUGCGCUAGGUGUCAAAGACCGAUUUACAUGUUGAGUGAUAAUUCCGAAUACUAUUCCGCGCAAAGUUCGCGAUUUGCCUAUAAAAGAUGAAAAAAUUGUUUCAAACUACCAGUUGAGCACUACCAGUGUGGAUUCUAGCGUUUUCCAAGGGUGGUGAGGAGAAAAAACAGCGGUUAACCUAAAAAUUUGUUUCCAGCGCGGUUCAAUAGAAGAAGAAAAAAACAAGGAAAAUCGACCGCACAGAAGCAAGAGCGAAAUUUUUAAUACUGUUUACGCUACAAAGAAGGAUAAGUCGAGGAAAAUUAAUUUUCCUUGUACAGUACUUUAAGGAUGAGCUAGAGCAGAACGGUUUCCAGUGGGUGUUUGGCGUUUGCGCUGCCGAAAUGGAGCAAUGUGUUCAGUGAUAUGGUAAUACCAGCGGAAACCGACCGACGGCGGUAGGAAAAAGUGAAAGAAGAACAUCCGCUACAAAGUGUUUUCGUUGUUUUUCUUUUUUCGGUAUUUAUCCUGUUGACGGUUCUGGAGCUGUGCCCAGUUUGAUACCCGCCAUCGAAGGAUUAAAUCGAAAAUACGGUCCAAAAAAAAAGAAUCGUAGAGUCAAAUCGUGAAUCAGUGCACCGUAAACCAGCGGACGAUUUGCUAAAAUGAGGAACCUAAAAGUUGACGGAAUUUGCCAGCUCUUCUUUCUGCUAAACUUGGUCGCUGUUGGUUUGGCUGAGCCCGCUGCUAAAGAUGAUGAGACCCGAAUAAAAUCCUUAGACAGGAAGCAACACACCAACAAGCAACAAUCGAAGCAUCGACAUCGGCGGGCAAACGGAGACGACUACGGUGACGGUGUCGGUGUCGGUGGAGCGAAUGGCCGGCUGGGAAGACCCAUUGUCGAUGCUGGCCCUGAUGAUGGCGACUCAGAAAAUUUCAUUGCACUCGCACCGGACGAAGCAGAUAUUUAUAACUUUUCCUACAAUCUCAUCAACGCGGUGGACGAUGCUGGCGUGGGCUCGAACGACAAUGUCGAUAGUGCAGGCGAUACCGGUGGAGGGGGCAGCGAGUCACGCCAGGAUGAUGCAAAUGAAGCGAAUCCUUUUAAUGAAUUUCUUAAUCCCAGCAUGCGACAACAGCAGCAGCAGCAGCAGGAAGUCUAUGCAGGUAAACCACCACUGGACGAUCCUUGGGGAUUAGAAUUAGAUGAACAGCAGCAACCACCUGUACCGGCGAAGGAUGACGAUGACACCGAGGCGGAGAAGAGUAAACAUCUCAAACCACUGAAUCGGAGCCAACAAACUAGCCCGUUACUUGCCAGCAGUAUUGAUUUUCUCAACUCCAUCGACGGUGGCUAUUUACUGUCGAACGGAAUGGUUGAUGAAAAGGGCAGCAAACUUUCUGAUGAUAACGGCUUAUCAACACCGAAGCCGGAUGACAAAGAUUCAACCGGGGAGGCAGAGGAAGUGAAUGAUGAUGAUAUCUUCGAGCAGAUGCAGAAAAAGGCUAAAUCCUAUCGAUUGAAGCUAUACAAGAAGCACAAAAAUUUCAAACAUAGCCAUCAUCACAGAAGCGGAUACUACCAUCCCGUUUAUCAGCAGCAUCAUCACCAUCAAUACUACCGGCAGAAGAUGUUGGAACGGGAACGCGACCGCUGGAAGCAGCUGCACGAACAGCAGUUGAAAGCUGACUACCAGGGGAAAAUACGUUAUUUCGACAGCUCCAAUAAACUGGAAACCAAGGACGACAUUAAAGCACAUCUUGAUGGCUACACAAGCCGCGAACAAUGGCCACACUUUGACAAAGUUAUGAACUCUCUCAACAAAGAGCAACAGCAGGACAACGUACCACCCUACAUUAAAAAGUACAACCGCAGAAAUAAACAGUUAAUUGAUCUGCUAGAGGGCACAAUCGCCCCACUUUCCGAUUAUAGUCAACGUCAUCACGAAAGAAAGUACCACCGUAGAAAAAAUCCUCACUGGAUGGAAGAGGACCUCUUCGAGCAGCAGCGUCCCAACCAAAACAAUCUCGGUCUACAACGGAACUACAUACAAGAAACAAUUCAAUCAUCCACAGCCCACUCCAACUCUCUGCCAGGCGAAGCAAUACAUAUUAUCUACGACAAAAAACACAUAGACAAUGAUCACCAGUAUGGGCACCCAACGACCAGCGUCGACCCCAACCAUCCGUACAAAAUGUCCUCUCGUGCCGGCCAGUUCGCGUAUCAUCGGGUGGCGUCCCCGCAACCAGUUGGUGGUGGCUACGGACGGCUCAAACGUCAACGACUUCCGUUUGUAGCGAUCACCGAUCGUCGUCUGGGAUCUCCACCAAAGCGUCGGCCGAACAGUAGUAGCAACAGCAAUGCAGCCAUAUCCAGCAGCAACAGCAAUGACAACACCGGCAGUAACAAUCUACUGAAUCACCAACCGAUGCCUUAAGCAAACAACAGUCGUAAACUCUACCCGAUGAAAACAAAAUUCCCAGCCGAAUGAAAACAAAAAAACAAACAAACAAAAAACCACGAAUAUUACUCCCUGCGAUCAUGGUCUUUGAAGGGCGUACAGCUCUUCAGCCAAAUCGCGUAUAAGGCAGCUGAUCUUUCUAGAAUAGUUUCUAGAGAAAAAAAAAACAACUAACUUUCGCUUUUAUAUUUCUUUCACAUUCAAACUUUGGUUUUUCAUGUGAUAGAAACUAAAAACCACACUCACCGUCUAUCGCGUGCUGUCACAAUAAACUUUCGCUUGUCCGAUUGGUACAAAGUGAACACAGAACGAAAUGACAAUAAAGAGUCUGCACACGGUACCUUCAUUCAGGUGAAACAGCUAGACGGAAACUAGAUUAAACUCACCUCAGCCGCUCGAAUGCACAAAACUAUCCCACGAGACAAAAAGAGGAAAUUCAACCCCACUUACUGCGAAACGUGAAAAAAAGAGAAAUGGCACCAGCAAUUUUCCAUCAUAUUCUUUUCGUUCGCUUUCCAACAUAGCUUUCGAAAAGAUCUGAGCGUACUUCGAUGGCACAAUGGGUUAUCGGAAAAUGAUGGCUGCUUCGAACUAUGAUCAAAUGCAGCACAAUAGUGAAAAAACGACGACAAUUUCAAGACAGACUAGCAUCAAUGCGGUAUAAGCGGAAGGGGGAGGGUGUAACAGAAAAAAAUGCUGCUCUUUCUUCCGAUUGAAGCUCCUCUACCCAAGUGGCAAACGAGCAGCAAUGUAUCGGAUUUCUUCAACCGAGUUGUUACGACCGAAAUCGCUCUAGGGAAUAAUCGAUUGUGACGAGCGAACAGCUGCGACAAAAUGAUCAACGGGAUGCGGAAAGAGUAAUUUUGAUUAAUUUUUGUCGGCUGAAGUGAGAGGCAAUCGCAACCAAGAAGAAAGUAAAUCAAAAAUCUCACAAACACCAGUGACAGCCGCACAAAGAAACGCUAGGUUCUCUAUUAUCUAGCAUAAAAGUAAAUAGAAACUACUGGUCUAAUAAUAACAGCCCGAUUCAGUGAAACAACCGAAGCCAACUAAGCUUCCGGAAUGAAGAGUGAAGGAUCAUGACGUCAAACAUCCUUCGACUUAAAUCCAAUGAAUAGACGCAAGAUAUGGACAAAAAAUGACAAUAUAUAUUUAUUAUAAACUAAAGUGGUAAUGAAAUUUAUAUAGUUAAAGUAACAAAAUCAUACUGAGUUAAACCCUAUAAACAAAGCUAAAAGGAUAACCAAACUUAUAUUUACUAACAUAUCAAAAUGAAACGUUGACAAAAACAACCAACAGAAUCGACAUGAUAUUCCCGGUUUGCAAAGGCAGGGUUAAAUCAUCGAUGUUACUUUCAGUCAGUGUUUUGCCAGCAGGACGUACACGGUAAACUAAUUGGAACGCCUGGUCUGGCAUAACAGCAUUUUGUGUGUAUAACCGAUUGACAGUCAUUUUCGUAGCCCGAUCAAUAGAUGCACGCGUCGUCAGAGUCAAUUUGCACAUAGUAAGCAAAAACUAUCAACACAUCCAAAACCAAAACUUAAUCAACAAACCACCCUCACAGCCGUUAACUAAUAAAAAAAACAUAUUUGCGCAAAAAUCUCUAACGUAGUUCCACGGUGUGUAGAGAGAUGGUGUAACGAUAUGUCAAAAAUCUGAAUCGUAGAACACUGAAUCUAAUCCAAUAUUGUUUGGUUUGAUUUGAAUCGAAACUUGCUCUGAAAAUACAUGCACCCAAAAUUUCCGUACACUUUUUAGAAAUGUAAACAAACACAAAAAAGUUAAUAGCUCUUGUCAAAUGACAUUUCAUCUCGAUCCCUACAAUGUAAAUCUUUCUUCUCCCCACGCUUACUUUUUGAUCAAACUGUUAUACCAUAUCCUACACGUCAUGACGUAGUCCCAAAUAAAAUGACAAAAAAAGCAGCGAAGGAAAACGCACGCCUACCAUGACUGCCAUUUGGAUUCAGACAAAACUUAAACGAUUAAGUUCGAAUUGUGCAUUUGUUAACCGAUUUCUGUGUGAAAUUCAAAGUACUAAAGCUGACAAUUUCGGCAGCGGAUAAAUUAUAAAAACAUGACAAUAAGCAAAAGGAACCAUAAUUUUUCUAGUAUUAUAUAAGAAGUUUCCCAGUAUCCAAACAGUGGAUAAUGCUUUCAUACGGACAGUUACGCUGGCAAGUUUCUGUCGAUUUUUCUCUUGUUUCGAUGGAACAUAUUUUUAAUACUGCAAUGAAAAAAACAAUACGGAAAGGUAAAAAAUAAAAAAAAAUAAAAACAAAUAAGCAAUAGAUUUUGACAAUACUUUUCGAAAGGGGUAGGUUGACACACACACACAACCGAAAGCAGAAGAGAAAUCAACAAGCCCCUUGAGAAAUAGCGACAUCUUCGCGUAAAGAACGGUACCACCUAAGUACAGUUGAGAUGGCGCACGAAACACGUGACAGCAGGUUUAAUAAAACUCUAUUCUAGCACGUGUCAAGAGUAAAUUCACUUUAAUUUAGUCCUACUCUUUGGUGAAAAGUUUUUCGAAUUACAAAUGGUGGUUCAAUGUAAAAGCACUUGCACCAAAAUCCAGGAAUCAACACAAACCAAUCGAUGCACACUGACGAGAGAAAGUUAUAGUCAAUUUUCUGUGUAAAAUUCACCGAAAUCAACAAAAAAAGCACAUCAAACAGAAUGAAUACCCGAAAAAAAUCAAAUCAAACAAGAGAUUCAAAGCAACAGAUGGAUAACGAAACAAAUGCUCUUUUAAAAUAAUAUUAAGAUAUGUUAGUUUAUAGGAAGCAGAAAAAAAAAAACUAGCUAUUUUACUAAUAAAAAAUAAGGUACCAUUCUACUGUAGUGUAACAAAAGCCUACUGGGGGCUACCUUCUUAUACACAUAACGAUAAAGCCUAAUGAAAAUACACUUCUACACAAUCUUGAACACUAGAACCACACAAAACACUGGCACACACGGAAAUAUUUGGACAAAGUAAGCUAUUAUAUUAUAGAUAUGUCACUUAUUAAAACCGCAACCAUCGAGCUGCGCCACUGAACCGAGAUUUAUGGCAAAUGUAAACGGCGUAAGCAUAAUAAAUAACAAAAAAAAGGUAAAAAAGCUCACACAACAGUAAAACAGUAAUCGUUAUAACUGCCCCCGAAACAGGGUGAGACAUUUUUACACUUUUACUCCUACCCCGUUUCCGGGGCCUAAUUCAUAAUUCUAAGAGGUUCCGUUAUGACACCUGUUCAGUUGUAAUAAUAUAAAUUGCGUCCUUGCACUGAAUAACCUAUGUUAAACGACUGUCUCACUUCUGGCACAUGCUGUAGCGAUUGUUGUAUAGCAGAUAGAUGGAGACAGCGUAACAUGUUUAUUUUUCACUCGCAACAAAAAUGGGAAGAUGUUGUAUAGCUGCUCAAAAGUUGUAAAAGAGCUCCGCACGCUGUAACCGCCUCGCUUUCCGGCUUCCUCGAGUAAAUUUACAAAUGUACCUAACCGAUUAGGCUUGGGAAUAGAGGUAAAUUGCAGCGUGCAGUUAGGCAACCAUUUCAACGUGUUUCCAAACUAAUUUUAAUCGCUGUUAGAUUAGUGUACAUGUACACUGUACAAGUUCUGUUUACUGCGUUCACCGACAGCAUCAGCUGGUGUCACAGUCUUUAGUUGCAGUUUAGUCAGGCUAAGCCAUGAAAAGCGGCAGCAAACGUAAUAAAAAUAUGUGGAAACCGGAGAACUUUUCUUUUUGAUAGAUAACAGUAGGUUAAACAUCUACGUAACCAUUCGUUCGGCUCAUACAAGGUCGGCUUGGGGUACAAACGAAAAGAUGUAGUGAAUGAAACAAUAAUUACAUUUAAUUGUUCGAUUCUGACAACAGAAAAAAAAAGAUCAGCAGUUAAAGGAGAGUAAAAUCCAUCAAUGCAACAUCAAGAACAUAACAUGCUGGCUUCCGACUGCAAAACACAACAAACACAGAUGAAAACAUGCAAACAUAGACUAAAAUAGUCAGCAAGAACAAGUGUAUGAAUUGUUAUAUUUUUCAAAUAAAAUAAUAUGAAAUAAACUCACAAGAUGGUGUUUAAUUUAUGUUAUAAAAGCCAAAACGUGAUUCGAGGACAGGACAGCAUUUUUGGAGGCAGUUUGGAGUUAAUACUCAGUCAUCCCACAAGAGCACACUUCCCAACAAUUUUGUUGAUUACUGGCUUCUGAAGUUAUUCGGAGUUCUGGCGGAUUCCGUGGUGGCUCAUGCUGUUUCAACAAUUUGUCGCCAUGUUGCUCGGUUUUGGCUGUGUUUCGCCAGUUCCCCAGGCGUCUCACCACCUGCAAGUCUCCUUCGAUCAGGUCGAGCCAUGGUGCACGCUGCGCCCCUCUAUUUCUAGUGCCGGUAGGGUUGCUGAAGAGAAGUGAUUUCACAGGGUUGUCGUCUGGCAUCCUUACGACGUGACCGGUCCACCGCAACCUAUUGACUUUCGCCAGGUGUGCAAUGGGAUUCUCUCCAAGCAGCGCGCGCAGUUCAUGGUUCAUACGCCGUCGCCAUUCUCCGUCGUCCGUCUGCACUCCACCAUAGAUAGUCCGCAGCACCUUCCGUUCGAAAACUCCAAGAGCGUUUAGGUCCUCCGGAACGUUAGGUGUAGCCUUAGUUCAGGGAAUUGUUAUUUGGCAAUAUUGGUAGGAUAGAAAAGAGGCUCUGUAUAGUAAAGCAGUAAGCUUGAAACGGAAGGGUAAACUCUCACACACAAGCACGGAUAUAAAUGAAAAAAAGCGUAUCAUUCACCUAAAUAGUGAUACUGCUAAUAGUAUGAAGUGCGGAGCACAGAAAACACCUGGGCAAUAUCACAAUAGAUCAAAAAAGUCUCUGGUCGCAGUGAUGAGUCCACAUAGAGGAAAAAAAGGUCCUCCGCGAGAAGCGUUGUUGUCUCGAACCCGUAGAGGAAUACCGGUCUUAUCAGGGUUUUGUACAGCGUCAACUUCGUGCGUCGUUGCACUCGAUUCGAUCGAAGUGUCUUCCGAAGUGAAAAGUAGGCACGAUUUCCUGCCUGGAUGCGUCUCUGGAUCUCUUUGCUGGUGUUAUUGUCGGCGGUCAUUAGUGACCCCAAAUACACGAACUCGUCGACCACCUCAAGCUCAUCACCGUCUACAGAGACUUGAGUUUGGAGGCUGAUGCUGUUCUCCUUGGAGCCUCUCGCACGCAUGUAUUUUGUUUUCGACGCAUUUAUCCGCAGUCCGAUCCGUCCAGCAGCGAAGGAAAACGCACGCCUACCAUGACUGCCAUUUGGAUUCAGACAAAACUUAAACGAUUAAGUUCGAAUUGUGCAUUUGUUAACCGAUUUCUGUGUGAAAUUCAAAGUACUAAAGCUGACAAUUUCGGCAGCGGAUAAAUUAUAAAAACAUGACAAUAAGCAAAAGGAACCAUAAUUUUUCUAGUAUUAUAUAAGAAGUUUCCCAGUAUCCAAACAGUGGAUAAUGCUUUCAUACGGACAGUUACGCUGGCAAGUUUCUGUCGAUUUUUCUCUUGUUUCGAUGGAACAUAUUUUUAAUACUGCAAUGAAAAAAACAAUACGGAAAGGUAAAAAAUAAAAAAAAAUAAAAACAAAUAAGCAAUAGAUUUUGACAAUACUUUUCGAAAGGGGUAGGUUGACACACACACACAACCGAAAGCAGAAGAGAAAUCAACAAGCCCCUUGAGAAAUAGCGACAUCUUCGCGUAAAGAACGGUACCACCUAAGUACAGUUGAGAUGGCGCACGAAACACGUGACAGCAGGUUUAAUAAAACUCUAUUCUAGCACGUGUCAAGAGUAAAUUCACUUUAAUUUAGUCCUACUCUUUGGUGAAAAGUUUUUCGAAUUACAAAUGGUGGUUCAAUGUAAAAGCACUUGCACCAAAAUCCAGGAAUCAACACAAACCAAUCGAUGCACACUGACGAGAGAAAGUUAUAGUCAAUUUUCUGUGUAAAAUUCACCGAAAUCAACAAAAAAAGCACAUCAAACAGAAUGAAUACCCGAAAAAAAUCAAAUCAAACAAGAGAUUCAAAGCAACAGAUGGAUAACGAAACAAAUGCUCUUUUAAAAUAAUAUUAAGAUAUGUUAGUUUAUAGGAAGCAGAAAAAAAAACUAGCUAUUUUACUAAUAAAAAAUAAGGUACCAUUCUACUGUAGUGUAACAAAAGCCUACUGGGGGCUACCUUCUUAUACACAUAACGAUAAAGCCUAAUGAAAAUACACUUCUACACAAUCUUGAACACUAGAACCACAGAAAACACUGGCACACACGGAAAUAUUUGGACAAAGUAAGCUAUUAUAUUAUAGAUAUGUCACUUAUUAAAACCGCAACCAUCGAGCUGCGCCACUGAACCGAGAUUUAUGGCAAAUGUAAACGGCGUAAGCAUAAUAAAUAACAAAAAAAAGGUAAAAAAGCUCACACAACAGUAAAACAGUAAUCGUUAUAACUGCCCCCGAAACAGGGUGAGACAUUUUUACACUUUUACUCCUACCCCGUUUCCGGGGCCUAAUUCAUAAUUCUAAGAGGUUCCGUUAUGACACCUGUUCAGUUGUAAUAAUAUAAAUUGCGUCCUUGCACUGAAUAACCUAUGUUAAACGACUGUCUCACUUCUGGCACAUGCUGUAGCGAUUGUUGUAUAGCAGAUAGAUGGAGACAGCGUAACAUGUUUAUUUUUCACUCGCAACAAAAAUGGGAAGAUGUUGUAUAGCUGCUCAAAAGUUGUAAAAGAGCUCCGCACGCUGUAACCGCCUCGCUUUCCGGCUUCCUCGAGUAAAUUUACAAAUGUACCUAACCGAUUAGGCUUGGGAAUAGAGGUAAAUUGCAGCGUGCAGUUAGGCAACCAUUUCAACGUGUUUCCAAACUAAUUUUAAUCGCUGUUAGAUUAGUGUACAUGUACACUGUACAAGUUCUGUUUACUGCGUUCACCGACAGCAUCAGCUGGUGUCACAGUCUUUAGUUGCAGUUUAGUCAGGCUAAGCCAUGAAAAGCGGCAGCAAACGUAAUAAAAAUACGUGGAAACCGGAGAACUUUUCUUUUUGAUAGAUAACAGUAGGUUAAACAUCUGCGUAACCAUUCGUUCGGCUCAUACAAGGUCGGCUUGGGGUACAAACGAAAAGAUGUAGUGAAUGAAACAAUAAUUACAUUUAAUUGUUCGAUUCUGACAACAGAAAAAAAAAGAUCAGCAGUUAAAGGAGAGUAAAAUCCAUCAAUGCAACAUCAAGAACAUAACAUGCUGGCUUCCGACUGCAAAACACAACAAACACAGAUGAAAACAUGCAAACAUAGACUAAAAUAGUCAGCAAGAACAAGUGUAUGAAUUGUUAUAUUUUUCAAAUAAAAUAAUAUGAAAUAAACUCACAA